AUGAACUUGUAUGCGAACAGCAAAGUCAGCCUCGUCCCCUGGGACGCUCGCUCCGACGAACACACGACCCGCAUGUUUCAGCAGCGUGUCGCCUGCGGCUGGCGGUCAGAUGAGGUAGUCGAAUGGCGCGAGAAGCAGCUGGAGGGCGGCAAAUUCCUCUACUGGGUGGUCCUCGCCGAUGCCAUCCCUGGGCGGGAGAAGCUCUUGUCAGAGCAUCUGACGACGUAUCCCGAGGAAACGACGCCGCUGCGGGACACGGCGGCCGACGUCUGGUUGACACCGCGGGCGCCGAGCGGCGAGGCCUUUUGGCCGAUCGGGCACCUGGCGCUGGAGAAGCAGGCGGAGGACGACGCAGACAUGGGCCUCGCGAAGGAGGGGUCCGUGUGGAUCAAGCACCUGUACAUCUCGUGGGCCAUCCAGGCGGGCGGCAUCGGCAAGGCGUCGAUGCAGGCGGUUGAGGCGCUGGCCAAGCUGGAGCCCUUGUUUGGGACGACCAUUGUGUUGGACACGGCACAGAAGGAGACGCAGUCUUCUGAUGAGUGGAAGAAGUUCUUCUUCACGGACAUGGGGAGGCCGAUUCCCGAGCCGUUUAAGACGAAUGAGGAGUGGUAUGAGCGGAUGGGUUAUGAGGUGUUCUAUAUCGAUCCGGUGGGUUUCCCGUGGCGGAACCCUGAUGGCGUACACAGCUACAUUCCCCGGGUGAUGAUGAAGAAAACGCUUGUAUAA